GAAAACUGCAACACGCGCUCAAUCUUGCGAUGAAGAAACGUCGGAAGUUUUGAGAUACCGUCUGAUUCUAAUUGUUAUACAUAACUACUCAGUCACCGUAAAUAUUUAUUAGAUAUUUUCAACAUACACGUGUUAAGUGGAAAAUGCUGCUGUUCUGUCCGACAUGCGGGAAUGUGUUGAUUGUGGAGGAGGGACAAAAAUGUUAUAGAUUCGCAUGUAACACGUGUCCAUAUGUGCAUAACAUCACGCGAAAGGUGAACAACAGGAAGUACCCCAAACUGAAAGAGGUGGACGAUGUGCUGGGUGGUGCAGCUGCCUGGGAAAACGUGGAUUCCACACCAGAAAAAUGUCCGAAGUGCGAGCACCCGCGGGCGUAUUUCAUGCAGAUUCAGACGCGCUCCGCGGAUGAGCCCAUGACCACCUUCUACAAGUGCUGCAACAUACAGUGCGGCCAUCGCUGGAGAGACUGAGCCGGCGGGGGCGUGACAUCACCACGCCGGCCAGUCCGGAGCAGCCAAUGGACACGUGCGAGAAGAGUGCGCACAACGCAGACGUUUGGUUUUCCGCCGCUACUUCAUAUGAAACCCAGAUUUGACACCUGAUCAGAACUUUUAGGUUGCUCAGGGGGAGUUUAAUAAGGAGUUCAGGUUUCUGCUUAUACAAGUGCAAACUAACAAAGGUGUGAAUCAACUGCUGAUCUGUUUACAAAGGAGUACCCUGAUUUUCUGUUUGAUAUAUCGUUGAAGAGAUCAAUCAAAGGGUAAUUGCCUUUUUGAAUAAGGGGGGAAUCCUAUCCUCUUACAUUAGAAAAUCUGACCACCGAUUUACAAGUCAAACCUGUGAUUUCUGCAGUUCAGACAGAAAAUAACCCAGGGAAAGGGCUUGGUUAGACAAGGGGUGCACAACUCUGGUCCCAGAGGGCCAGACGGUCCUUUUUGUUCCAGCCAAUUGCCAUAGUUGUAGUUUUCUGACAGCUGUAUGAGCUACGCCAGUUCACUCCUGCACUUGAGCACAGCUAGAUGAAGCAGCCGCCCUUAAAGAAAGGCAGGCUGGGGAAGGUCUGUGUCUUUGAGCACACGGGCACCUGGCACAUCUAGACACUUUCACUCAGGUUGUUUUCCAUUAUCUCUAGAUUCCUAUGUAAAGCUUAUUUAAAGCUCCAAUAACACUGAGGGCUACACACAGAAUUCUGGAUGAAAUGUGAAUAGAACUUCUCUGGAUGUCUUAAAAGUGCAAGACUAGGGUGUUUUUUUUUUUUUUUUUUUUAAAUUGUUGUGAAUCUGCCAUUCAGAACUCUAACCUGUAGAGGCCAUGGUGUGGAAUGUACCCUGAUGAAAUUCCCUGUGAAUUUAAGAAGAGUAGGAAGGCUUUUGCAUUUAACACAAGUUAACUUUUCUGUAUCACAUGGUUUAUUAAAAUUCUCAGAGAAAUAAAACA